GGGACCUGGACAUAACAGCAAUUUGACCCAAAGCGGUAACAGAUACGCUCGCAGGGCUGUUGGACUGCAAAUGGGACUGUACUGUACUGUAUUGUACGGUACUGUGCUCGUAUGCUGCUGCAAGACACAACAUAUGAUAUUGAUAUUUGAUGCCUUUAUUUCUAUUUGUUUUUUAAUUGUCAGAUUCCGUUAUGGAUGGUUGGAUUACUUUCGAACUGCCACAACUGCCCGCCUCCGUACACGUAGCAAUAGCCGUACAUUAACGCCCUUUUUUAGUCUCGAGAUUAAGGCACUCUUCUUUAAGCGAAACGCUCGGCACGAUUUCCCUAGCGCUUCAAUCGCUCCCUGACUGUUUCGCCUUUCAAGUGCCGGGAUGCAGUUUGUCCCUCAUCCACAACGGGCCUCAUCCACAAUCCCACAUAUUCACAUACUAUUUUACGUGUGCAAGCAAAUCAAAUCAAGGGACCCCCGACAAA